GAUUUUCACAGCUCGUAAUUACAAGUAGUCGUCGGUAUUUUGGAACAAAUAACAAUAUUAGGUUUGUUAAUCAACGGCGAUUGCAAUUAUUAGAGGCUGAGGCAAAUUCAUUUCCCAAUAACGUGGCCAAACAAGUUGAAUAUUAUAAAGAACUACUUAGAGCUAAUAAUCAUAGUGCGAUUAUCACUCGAUUCGAACGUGGGAGUUUUGCACAUGAUGAUGAAUGUUUUCGAGCGUAUAUCACUGCUUUGGCUAGAACGGGUCAAGCGGAUAAAGUCUUACCAAAAAUAAUGCAAAAAUUAGAACAAACUGGUGUUAUUGGCGUUGAUGGUGCUUCAAAGAGAGCAACUUCAACGAACGAUUUGGUACAUACAAUUUUUAAAGGCCAAGGAAAAAAGACUACAGCAGAAAGUGGAUCAUCAUCUACAGCAUCAAAUGCUGGUAAUAAAGAAAAUCCUAUUUAUGUUGUAAUUGAAGGAGCACGAGGAUAUAUGUUUUGGCGGGCUUUACGAUGGGUUGGCAUUACAUUCACAUAUGCCUUUUGUAUUAUUACUUUUCUUAGUAUUGCUAUGGAAAAUUCAGGACUAUUAAAGACCGGUGGAUCACAGUCGGAAUUUGAACCAUCUUCACAACAGGUGGUUAAAUUUUCUGAUGUGCAUGGUGUUGAUGAAGCCAAAGAAGAGUUGGAGGAAUUAGUUGAAUUCUUAAAAGACCCUUCAAAGUUUACAGGAUUAGGAGGGAGACUUCCAAAAGGUGUUUUACUUACUGGCCCUCCAGGUACUGGAAAAACAUUAUUAGCACGUGCUGUUGCGGGGGAAGCUGGUGUACCAUUCUUUUUUAUGUCCGGUUCAGAAUUUGAUGAAAUGUAUGUUGGAGUUGGAGCAAGAAGAGUGCGUGAACUCUUUGCUGCAGCGAGACGCAAAGCACCUAGUAUAGUUUUUAUAGAUGAAUUGGAUGCAAUUGGUUCAAAACGCAAUCCAAAGGAUCAAACAUAUAUGAAGCAAACACUUAAUCAAUUAUUAGUAGAUUUGGACGGAUUUUCACAAACUGAAGGGGUUAUUUUCAUAGCCGCAACAAAUUUUCCAGAACUUUUGGAUAAAGCAUUGGUUCGGCCUGGUCGUUUCGAUAGACAUGUAGCCGUACCACUACCAGAUGUGCAUGGUAGAGUGCAAAUUUUGUCACAUCAUUUAAAAAAUGUUCAAAUUUCCAUUGAUGUAGAUAUUAGCGUUAUAGCACGUGGAACACCAGGUUUUUCAGGUGCAGACUUAGCUAAUUUAGUUAACCAAGCGGCUAUUCAAGCUUCCAGAGAUGGCGCACAAGAAGUUGCAAUGCGACACAUGGAAUAUGCCAAAGAUAAAAUACUUAUGGGUGCAGAACGUAAAUCUGCCAUAAUAACAAGUGAAAAUAAAAAAUUAACAGCAUAUCAUGAAGGCGGACAUGCAUUGGUGGCCUUGUAUACGCCCGGGGCUUUACCAUUGCAUAAGGCUACAAUUAUGCCACGGGGUUCUACUCUUGGCAUGACAGUACAAUUGCCUGAAAUGGAUAAAGAUAAUUACACCAAAAAAGAAUUUCUUGCAAUGGUUGACGUUGCUAUGGGUGGAAGAGUUGCAGAAGAAAUGAUUUUUGGUAAAGAAAACGUUACAACAGGAUCACAUAACGAUAUUGCGAACGCAACAAAUGUUGCAAAACGUAUGGUGACGUUAUAUGGCAUGAGUGAUAAGGUUGGACCGGUAGCCCAUCCCGAAGAAGACAUGGAUCAAUUAAGUACUCAGACUAAAUUAAUUAUUGAAAGUGAGAUCAAGGCAUUAUUAGAGAAUGCUCAAAUUCGUGCGUCAAAUAUUUUAAAAGCUCAUAAAGAAGAAUUACAUCGGUUAGCAAAUGCUUUAAUUGAAUAUGAAACUCUUACACAAGAAGAAAUUGAGUCAGUCAUUAAAGGCAAAGCUAUUAAUCGAUGA